CAAGAGCAGUGUGCGGCUGCGUCGUUACCCAGAGCCAUCUCGUGCAUCACUGCUGCGAAUUGCUGCAUCCUCUUCCUCAUUCUUGCAAAGGCACCAGGAAGCUUGGCGUUGGGGGAUGGGCAGAAAAAUCAAAGGAGCAAGCAUUGGGGCUGCUGUCGGACUAGGAGUGGCAUUGGUUGGUGUCCCGGUGGGCAUCUUGGCGCUGGGAUUUACAGCCACAGGCAUUGCUGCGGGGUCUGUAGCUGCCAAGAUGAUGUCAGCGGCUGCCAUAGCCAACGGCGGAGGAGUGGCUGCAGGCAGCAUCGUGGCCGUGCUGCAGUCUGCCGGAGCUGCAGGACUCUCCCUAGGUGCCAAAAUUGGGCUAGGGUCAGUCUUUGGGUCACUUGGUGCAACAGCUGGUGCCUGGUGGCCAAAGGGGUCAAGCACCAACAACACUUCCUAAACACAAAGCUGAGUAACAGCAAGAAGAAACGCUUUAGCCCAAGGCUUUUGAAAAGCAGCGUGACAUUCGCUGGAAAGCCCGCUGCAAACCCACUGCUUGCUUCGCUGUCUUCUUAAAAGCUGUCAAUCCACUUGAGCAGAGAGUACAUGGGAAAACAAUAAACCUGGCUGCAGGUGGG